AGGAUAUUUGGAAUCAGCCAUAACCAAAGUACUAGCUCAUUUCCCCUUUUCCAAAGGAGAACAAAUUGUCUUUGGACUUAAAACCAAUCUUUAAAACCAAUUUUCUCUUACUACAUGUGUGUAAAAAGAAAGGAGAUAUUUUUUUUUCUUUUGUGAUUCUGUUUGCCUGUUUGUUUUAGUCAGCAGUCUCUAAUUGUUUACUCAACCUUGUGUCAGAGAAAGUUUAUGGCAUUCUGGAAUUCAACCUCAGACCAAGGUUCUCCUCUGUUGCUGAGACACUGCAGAAUUGCAGCAAGAAGAUGCCAUCCUGAAGCUCCCUCAACCUGGGUCUUUGGUAUAUUUGGAAUCGUUGUCACUCAGGACUGGCUUUAGUGCAAAUACUUCAGACAAAAUUAUGGAACCUCAAAGUCAGAAUUUGAAGACAAUACCAUUAUUAUCUUUAGGAAGAUUUCAUAUUUCUGAAGAGUAUGGCUUUCUUCUGCCAAAUCCUUUGAAAGAACUUCCAGAUCAUUAUAGACCUUGGAUGGAAAUUGCUAACAAACUCCCUCACUUGAUUGAGAGUCACCAGCUUCAAGCUCAAGUGGACAAGAUGCCCCUCCUGACCUGCCAGUUCCUCCAGAGUUACCGGGAACAGCGCCUGGCCCACUUGGUUCUGAGCUUUAUUACCAUGGGAUAUGUCUGGCAGAAAGGAGAGACGCAGCCCAAAGAGGUUCUGCCAAGAAAUCUUGCCCUUCCCUUUGUUGAAGUCUCCAGGAACUUGGGCAUCCCUCCUAUCCUGGUCCAUGCAGACUUGGUGCUGACAAACUGGACCACUAGGGAUCCUGAAAGACCCCUGGAAAUCAGGAACUUGGACGUCAUUUUCUCAUUCCCUGGGGAAGAAAGCCUGCGUGGCUUUAUACUGGUGACUGUUUUGGUGGAGAAGGCAGCAGUACCUGGGAUUAAGGCACUUGUUCAGGCAGUGAAUGCCAUCUUGCAGCCCAGCCAGAACUCGUUGCUUCAAGCCCUGCAGCGACUGAGACUCUGCAUUCAGGAUAUCACCAGAACUUUAGGACAAAUGCAUGAUUAUGUUGAUCCAGACAUAUUUUAUGCAGUCAUCCGGAUCUUUCUCUCUGGAUGGAAGGAUAACCCAGCAAUGCCAGUGGGGCUGAUCUAUGAAGGAGUCUCCCCAGAGCCCCUGAAAUACUCUGGGGGGAGUGCAGCUCAGAGCACAGUGCUUCAUGCCUUUGAUGAGUUCUUAGGCAUUUGUCACAGCAAGGAAAGUGCUGAUUUUCUGCACAGGAUGAGGGAGUACAUGCCCCCUUCCCACAAGGCCUUUAUAGAAGAAAUUCACUCAACUCCUUCACUGAGAGACCACAUUCUGUCCUCUGGAAAUGGCCAACUUCUGACAGCCUAUAACCAGUGUGUGGAGGCCCUGGCGGAGCUACGCAGCUAUCACAUCACUGUGGUGACCAAAUACCUCAUCACAGCAGCCACCAAAGCAAAGGGCAGGAGGCCAAACUAUGUCCCUGGGCCACCACUAGCCUUAGAAGAGAGGGGCACAGGUGGGACUGUAGUUCUGAGCUUCCUGAAGAGUGUCAGGGAUAAGACCUUAGAGGCAAUUCUCCACCAAAGUGAUUAAGAGACUGCCCUCUUCCCAAGAAUGCAAAACCAGAAACUCGGGUUUCCCCUGGCCCUUUCUCCCACUGGAGGGCAUGUAGGCCUAGAGAAUGAGAAUGUCUGGAAUUAUCUGACAGGAACCUCAGCCCUGUUUAUGUUCCUGCUCUACAGAACACCAUCUUCUCCCUUGUUGAGAGCUGUUAGUCCUCACAGAGGAGAAUUUCCAUGGCUAGUCAGAAAUUUUCCUUUCCCUAUCUAAUUACUGGUUAAUAGCAAACAGCUUUGGACACUUCCUCAUUCAGAACCCCACAGAGGAGCCCGUGUACCCCUAUUCUAUUUUCAAAUAAUAGAAAAUCAAUCUAAAUUUCAAAAAACAAACCAAAUUGCCUGUGGACAGAUCCCCUUUUUGAUUUCUUUAAAAAGCAAAUUAAAUACUCGUGCAUGCAUUCAUUCAGUCAGUCAACGACUUAUUACGUUCCUACUGAGCACUGGUUUAGGGAUUAGAGCAGAGAAUUUUUGUGGUCCCCAUCCAGCUUUCCUUUCCCUGAGUGUGCUGAGUUUGUGGCAGGAGGUUGGAAAUGCUCCAGUGGCGAUGUGGAGGAAAGAGGAGGCUCACAUAAGACUUGGAAGUCACCAGUGUAACAAUGAAUAGUUAACGAUGUGGGAACGAACGGAUGAGGCUCUUUGGCAUGGUUCAUCAAUUUGCAAAUUCUGUUUUAGUUUCAUUCUUUAUUUUUGGAAGAAUGAUUCUUUCUUCUUACACCGAAAGUUUAUAGUUGUAAAAUGAAUUAAUUGACCCAUUGGAAGUAAAUGAUGGAAACAGGAAUAAAUAGUAAACUCACAUGUUUAGUUUACAAAUAAAUGUAACUUUUUAUUGAUUUA